GAGAAAUUUCAGUUUAACCCAAGAUGGCGCCCUUAAAACUCCUCACGCCCGAACAAAAAGAAUUCUACGAGCGAAACGGUUUCAUCCAGUUGAGUGACGUGUUCACCGACGAGGAGUUCGAGGAGAUCCAUCGCGAGUACAACGCCCUCUUUCAGCGCAAAGAGAAUGAACAGAACAGCAACCUGGAGGGCGUGUGGCAGGGCACGGAAAUGCAAAAGGCCUCCAAGGGCCUCCAGAUAUCCGUGAAGUCGAUCCAUAACCUCCAAAUGCACAGCGGGGUGUUCACGCGGCUGCUGCUCCACCAGAAGUUCCUGGACGCACUCGAGGACGUGGUGGGGAGCCCCAACAUCCUGCUGCACCACACCAAAGCGCACAUCAAGCCCCCCGAAAAAGGGGCGCCGUUCCUCAUGCACCAGGACUACCACUACUUCCCCCACCGGAACCACACGAUGGUGGCCGCGUUCAUUCACAUGGAGGACACGAACCCGGAAAACGGGGGACUGUGCGUGUAUCCGGGCAGCCAUAAAUUGGGGCCGCUGCCCGAGAAGGAGGUGAUGGGGGACAACGGCAGUUUGUACAGACACAUUGACCAGGAGCAGUUCCCACUGGACAAGGCCACCCCAGUGAUUGCCCGUAAAGGGGACCUACUGAUAUUCUCCUAUCUCCUGGUGCACGGAUCCUAUUUGAACCUCUCCAAGAGAUCCAGACCGAUGUUCCUGGCCCAAAUCAGGGCAGCGGAAGACGAACCGACCAAAGAAAUCCACCGCUCGUACUGCCAAGACAUGGUACUGCGGGGGGUAAACGAAAAAAUGCCCGCCAUUAUCACCGAGAGACAUGUAAAAUAGCCGAUUGAAUAAAUAAUUGCACUUUUAUCAAAGGUUUAA